AUGAAUGGGAUACAGGUAGAUGUGAACCAUUUAAAAAAGGGGGAGGUCAGCUUGGGUACCUCAAUCAUGGCAGUAACGUUCAAGGAUGGCGUCAUAUUGGGUGCUGAUUCACGAACUACAACUGGGGCAUAUAUUGCAAAUCGUGUCACCGACAAAUUGACAAGGGUUCACGAGAAGAUUUGGUGUUGUAGAUCAGGGUCUGCUGCUGACACACAGGCUGUCGCUGACAUAGUCCAAUACUAUCUUGAUCUCUACACGUCUCAAUUUGGUGAGCCCUCUACAAAAACUGCAGCUUCCGUGUUCAAGUCCUUAUGCUACGAAAAUAAAGAUAAUUUGACAGCAGGUAUCAUCGUUGCAGGUUACGACGAAAAAAAUAAAGGCGAAGUGUACAGUAUACCAUUAGGAGGAUCUGUCCACAAGCAACCUUACGCAAUUGCUGGUUCUGGUUCAACAUUCAUUUACGGAUACUGUGAUAAAAACUUCAAAGAGAAUAUGUCAAAAGAAGAAACAAUAGAUUUCAUGAAGAAUUCGCUAUCACAGGCCAUAAAAUGGGAUGGAUCAUCAGGUGGUGUUAUAAGAAUGGUUGUUUUGACCAAAGAUGGUGCCGAGCGGUUGAUCUUUUACCCAGAGGAGUAUGAAAACUUGUAA